AUGUACAAUAACCAAUUCGACGGCAACGCCGCCUUCUCCGGUGGCGGCUUCAUGCCCUCUCAGGCCACCCAAACCGCCGAUCCUACCUUCCCUCCCGCCAAGAGUCGUGAUUCACAACCGUUGCUUCCAUUAACCGUGAAGCAAAUUAGUGAAGCUUUUCAGUCCAGUGAUGACAAAUCAAACUUCCUCAUUGAUGGCGUUGAUGUGAACAAUGUUACGUUGGUCGGGAUGGUACAUAACAAGGCUGAAAGGGUAACUGAUGUUUCUUUUGUGCUCGAUGAUGGAACCGGACGUAUUGACUGCAACAGAUGGGUGAAUGAAGCUGUGGACACAAAGGAAAUGGAGGGAAUAAUGGAUGGCAUGUAUGUUCGUGUUCAUGGACACUUGAAAGGCUUUCAGGGGAAAAGGCAAUUAGUGGUCUUCUCUAUAAGGGAGACUCGGGUUCCUCAGUUUUAUGUGGUGCCUUGGGGUAAGCCAACAAACACCAAGACCCAUUUUGUUCUUACACUUCAAGAAUGGGACCAGGGCUUUGCAUCUCUAGACCACUUGUCCCAUUUCUACUGA